GCGCACACCGAGGAGGGCCGCCGCAAAGCUCAGCUACAACUGGGGGAGCCCAAAAUCGCUACGGAGCCUGAUUAGACAUUCCCCUUGCUCCUUUCUGACUGUUCCAUUUUCGUCCACCCCCUUUGGCUGCUCUCUCACCACACGCCCCCUCCCUCCGACGCAGCUGCGCGUAUUCCCACCAAUACCCACCCGGGACGGUAUUGUUGUCUUCCUUAUAGUUUGCCUAGGUUCCCAUUCUGUGCGGACGGGUAGAAACCUCCUACAUGAACUAACAUGACAUCAUGGCAAGAUUUCGCCGGAGAACAUGCGUCAUUUUGUUGCUGUUUAUUUUAUUUAUUUGCUCCAUAAUGAUGGCCUUGAAAACUUUGAGACCCGAACGAGCAGGAUUUGGAGAUCCAUUUGGUAUUGGUCUUUUGCCAGAUUUUCAGCAGCAAACAAAAUAUUUAAAAAAUAAAUUCAGUCUACAGAAGGAAGCCAAGGAAGAUAGCUUCACACAUGCCAAAAAUGCACGCUCUCCGAUAAUGAAUGACAAAAUGCCAACAGGAAGAGUAGACGAAGAGCUGCCAUCUCCAAAUUACAACUUCCAUGUGUUUUACUAUAGCUGGUUUGGGACUCCACAGUUUGAUGGGAAAUAUAUUCACUGGAACCACCCAUUGCUGACACACUGGGAUCCCAAAAUUGCAAGUGGUUAUCCACAAGGAAGACACACUCCUCCAGAAGAUAUUGGCUCUAGCUUCUAUCCUGAACUUGGUCCAUAUAGCUCCAGAGAUCCUUCUGUCAUUGAUGCUCACAUGAGGCAGAUUCGCUCAGCCUCCAUUGGGGUGCUGGCUCUUUCUUGGUAUCCACCCAAUAUGGCUGAUGAAAACGGAGAACCUGCUGAUGUUCUGGUGCCAACCAUUUUGGAUAUUGCAGAUAAGUACAAAUUAAAGAUCACUUUUCAUAUUGAGCCAUACAAAGACAGAGAUGAUCGCAAUAUGUACACCAAUAUAAAAUACAUCAUAGACAAAUAUGGAAGCCAUCCAGCUUUUUACAGACACAAAGUCAGCACAGGUAGAACCCUUCCCAUGUUUUAUGUUUAUGAUUCUUACAUAACAAUUCCUGAAAUAUGGGCAAAUCUGCUUACUAUAUCAGGAUCCCAAAGUAUCCGAAACACACCUUAUGAUAGCUUAUUCAUUGCCCUUCUUGUGGAAGAAAAACACAAGCAUGAAGUCUAUAGAAGUGGCUUCGAUGGAAUUUAUACAUAUUUUGCCACAAAUGGAUUCUCUUACGGCUCAAGCCAUCACAACUGGCCCAGUCUGAAAGCUUUUUGUGACACCAAAAACUUAAUGUUUAUUCCAAGCGUGGGUCCAGGCUACAUAGACACCAGCAUCCGACCCUGGAACAACCACAACACGCGGAACCGUGUCAACGGCAAGUACUAUGAGACAGCGUUCAGCGCAGCGCUACUAGUACGGCCUGAAAUAAUUUCCAUCACCUCAUUUAACGAAUGGCAUGAAGGGACGCAGAUUGAAAAGGCCAUUCCAAAGAAGAACGGAAAGACAGCUUAUUUAGACUAUCAGCCGCAUAAACCAAAUAUUUAUCUGGAGCUCACUCGAAAGUGGUCUGAAGAAUAUAGCAAGGAGAAGGAACAGUGGCUUACAUGAGAUGCAACUGCGUUCGGCGAUUCCACAAUGAGCCCCUCCCUGUGUCUCACUGGUAAACUGAGAGCUUUGUGAUGUGUGAGGGUGGCACCUGCACUAUUGCUAUCGCUUUGCUAAGACAGAACUAAAAGAGUAAAAGUGACAAUAGCAAGCAAUACUAACUCCUCGGUUUCUUAUAUUAUAUGGAGAAUAUCCUGGUAGCAAUACAAUACUGUACAUACUAAUACUCUGCGUAUUUCAAGUACACCACAAGAAUAUGUGAUUAAUUAUUUUAGUGGAAUGAUACAGAACUUACUUCCAUUUCAUAUUUUGGGUUUUUAACCCAGUUGAUUAUAUAGGCUCUCUGCAUGCAGCUAGGCUUCUGAGUGUUUCUUUUCUAGAAGAAAACCCUCCAGUUGCUUCUCAGAGUUAAGCAAAUUUAGAAGCAGUUUCCAAUGUAGUAUGAGUAGAUGUAGCCAGACACUAAAACUUUGGUGUUCAUCUAAAAGCCCUUUCGUGGCAACUUGUUGGAUCAGGUUUCAGAACGACUGUGAAGAAAAAUGUCCUUUCGGGUACUCUGUCGAGAAUAUUUUAUUCUCAAAGACUACUAAUCAAAACAACUACAAAUCAGCUUUUAUUUGAUGGUAAAGAACACAAUGCAGUAGGAUUUUCUCAAGAGCCACUUAAAAUUCAACUUGGAGCCCUAGAAGAGCACAGACUUUUUCCUGUGCCAGCCCUAUUCUUUUUGGUGCAAACAGCCAAAAUUAGUGGUUGAUAUUCAUGCUGUGUAUUUUUAAUAUUUCCUAGGUGUCCAAAGUGUAUAUUUUACAUAGAGGUUUAAAAGUGUUAUCUUUAAGUUUGUUCUUACUUUGGUAAAAAUGAGUGAUGUGAAAUUGUGAUACUGAUAGUUACUAAUAGUUUUAGUGAGGCUUUUUAAAAGCAAAUAUUUGGCAAUGUUGCAUGCCUCAUGUUAAAACUUGAAGCAAACAAUCAGUUUUAUGUAAUGGCUUUGCCUACUAACUAGCAUAACUAGAACUAGCAAAUGGAUUUAAGUCCUUAAGAAGAAAUAAUUUAUUACCACUAAAAAUAUAUCUUUUUAGUUUAGGCUGACAACCUGCUUGGAUCCCCGCUCUACACAAGAGGAGAAAAUGUUCCCUCACAGGUUAGCAGCUCCUAAUAAGUUAGUUCCCUGGUUGUUGACAAGAUGCCAAUUCGAAGGCAUUUGGAACAUUAUGUGGGUGAGGACUGAAGUGGAAAUGUUACAAGAUGCAAACGUAGCAGCCAUUAACAGGUUUAUUAGGCACUUGAAUUAUUUUCAGAGAAGAAGAACAUGUUUUAGCAAGAUUUGGCUUUUUAAAAAGCAGGCUAAAAAUUAAUCUUCUGGAAAAAUAUGAAAUUGUGGUCAAAGUACAAAGCAGCAAAAUGAUGAUAGUUAGUUUGAAUAAAUGGAGAGUAACCUAGAUUAAAGCUGCCAAAAUCAUAUUAGAGUAAUACAUGCACAUUCUUCAUUUACAAUCUUUGUUGGCACAGAUUUAUUAAAAGAGAUUGAAGCACCUUCAGAUUUAUACUAGCAGUUCAAUCUUCUCUUCCAUGAGUGUGCUGUUUCAAUAUUUAGGUGGAAGAUUGCUCACAUGCAACUGCCUCAUAUCUGUGCCCCAUAUACUCUUUACCAUUGAUGUCUCAAAAGUGAUUUAUUAAAAUGAUGUCAAUAAUAAAUAUAUUUAGCUUCAUAUACAGGAAUUUAAAAGUUGGGUGUAUUUUGAUCCCAGUGAGAAUUUCAGUUUAUUGUGAAGUAUAAAAAUACCCCAUAUCCAAAGGAGUGUUACAAAAUCAAACAUAUUCCACCCACACUCUCAAAUGAGAAAGAAUUAGGCAGAAUAAAAAUAAAACAAAGAACCUCUUAUGUUGUGAAGUAUAUACUGAUACAGAUGAAAUCCAUUGUCUUCCCAAUGGAAGAAAUUAUGUUAAUUUUCUCAGAAUGGAAUUAGCCCACUGACAAUUGCAGCACAUGCCAUCUGCUUCACUGUUAUCGUGAUAUACCUAGAUAGAGAGAGAAAAAUAUCGUGGAAUAUACCCUUCUAUGUUACAGCAGGGGUGGCGGAGUAUCCAAAGGCAGAAAUCAGUAUUAUUAUUAUUUACCCUAUUUAUACUCCAUCUUUCUCUACCCUAAAGUAGAUUUGUUUGUUCAAUUUUAACAGGGUCUAAAAUGUCCCAUCCUAGUGCAUACUAAUAAAAAAGUAACUCAAAAAACAAAUCUUUGGAAUUUAAAGUUUUUGGCUUGGACUUAAGUUUCAUAUAUGGGCCAUUUUUUGGCUUAGUGUCCCAUUCAAAUCCUGUUUUUCAGUACAGAGGCUUGUUUUACAAGAGUAUCUGUGCUUUUCAAUAACAGACUAUAGGAUGUUGUGGUUUUUUAAUGAGUGCCUUAUGAUGUCUAAGUUCAAAGUGCCUCUUCACUGAGCUCCCUUGACACACAAAACUAAUAGUAAACCCUCCAGCAUAAUUCAAUGUAUAUUUCAUGAGCUUGGUUUUGCAGUUUUCAGAACUUUAUUACAACACAUAGUAUUCAUUAUGAAGGAGGGAUGGUGUUUUUCUCAUUUGACUAGCAAUGGAUAAAAAUUUCUUCCCACUUCAUGAUUUGGAACGGGGCAUUGCAAACCAUCACUGUGAUGUGAUGAUUUGAGUGUUGAGUGAGGACUCCAGGAUAUCAGGGUUUAAAUCCCUGCUUGGUCAUAUAAAACUUACAUAUGACUUUAGGCAAGCCACAUUCCCUCAGCCUCAGAAAGGCAGCAGCAAACCUGUGAGUAAAUCUUGUCAAGGAACCACUAGAGUGCAAUUGACAGAAAUCUGAGUUGACCUAAAGGCACUUAACAUCAAUGACAAACCAAAUCGCUUUCUUUAGAAAGUAACAGAUAAUCUGAUUUAUUUGGAUCCCAUUCUUAAAUCCAGGUUCCAGUCAUUGGUCUUCUGAUGACCUUGUCAGAAACAUAAUAGGACUCACACUUUUUCUUCUUUGCAGCCUUUCCCCUUUUUCCUGGACUGGUAGCUGCAAGUAUGACUACUCCAAGAAUGAUUUGCCAGAGGCUUCUCUUUCUCCUCUGGCAUUUGUCUUUUUUAGGGUGACCAGGAAAGUAUAUGUCAUAUGAAUAAUCUGGAAGAGAUUUAUUGAGACUGCUUUCUCCUCUUUCUCCUCUUCCUCCUGCUAGGCCAACUAAGUAAAAACAAGAAGUGAGAGAGAAUCCAGAAAAGAACAAA